AGAAAUUACUCGAAAAUGGUAACAAGGGCUUCAACACUUCCGAUAGUGUUCUUUGAUAGCAAAUACGCGGUGCAAAGUAUGAUGCUUGUUUAUAUUUAAUGAGUCUUAUUACAUGUACAUAUCAGUUCCAAGUCUUUUGCACUAUUUCCCAGUUUAGUAAGACAUAGGAUCAGUGAAGUUACGUACGUUCAGUUCUAUGAUUUUUCUAUUUAAAGACCCUUCUUCGUUUUGAUGAAUCGAUAAUUACAUUUUCCGAUAUGACACUCAAACGUGGGAUCUUAUUACGUGAAUGAUUCUGCUUGUCUAACAAUUCAGUUAGAAACAUUAAAAUGCAAAUCAUAGUUCCUAGUGAAGCAUUCUGACUGGCAAAUUAGACAAAUUUUGAGUGUCAUAGUCUGAAAUUCGUCAUUGCGGAUAGUGCAGGUAUGAAAGUGAUCCAAUCUGUGCUUGAACUAUUAAAUUCUAUCAUGUUUUUCAUUUCAGACUUACAAAAAGAAUUCAUAGCAAUGUUCGAAUGGGCAUACGAUGGUGUUAAUGCUUCAAUACCACGCAAUGUGGGACCAGAAUGUGCAUAUUACCUAAGUCCAAAGCGAAGAAUCAUUGAAACAUUGAUCAUAUCGAUAUUCAUAAUAACCUUCCUUGUUUGGGGCUAUAAACGAAUUAAAUUGCCAACCAAAGUAUCAUAUGUAAAUCAUGAUUGUGUUGGUAGAAGAGUAUUAUUAAUUAUUAUGUCAUUAGUACUAGGAAUGGAAAUUGGUUUUAAGUUUACCAGCAGGACAGUUGUAUAUAUAUUAAAUCCUUGCCAUAUAACCACAGCUGUACAGUUGUAUUUACUGGCAGCAGAUCCUAGUCCUACAGUCACAGCUAUCUUCAGGAUACAUUUGAACUUUUUGAAUGGACCACUUUUAGCAUAUUUAUUCCCAGAGACAGAAUCUCGCAGAAUAUUUGCUGAUAAAGCAAUGUACUAUAUUCAGCAUGGUUUAAUGGUAGUGAUACCGUAUUACUUACUGAGGAUCGGAGGUGUGUAUAAUGUGGAACCUCUAUCAGACAUGAGCUGGUCCGUUUUCAGUUAUGGAAUAAAUUUAGCCUAUCAUUUCUGGAUUAUCCAAGCCAUUGCUUUGCCAAUACAAGUGAAUCUUAGUCAUAUGUUAUGUGCAGCUAUUCUUGACCCUUUUGAAGGUCAAUAUUAUCGGGUAUGGACGUUUAUUCAUCAAGGAUUACUGUGCCCAUUGUUAUCCAAGUUAUUCAGCUUCGCGUCGAAUUUGUUAAUAACGAAGUUUCCGCCAACUAGAGUAAAACCAACGCUUGAUCGCGUACUUGCAAAAAACAAUAAAGUGGAUGAUAAUGAGAAAUUAUAUGAAGAUGCAAAUACUUCAGGAAAUGGACAUACUCACGUAAAUUAGAUCAAUAUUUCGUAAUUCAUAAUUUCUGCUGCAAUUCAGUGAGUACUUGAUUUAGGAAAAUAGAUAAGUUUCUAUGUCAAUAAUGAAAUGAACACAAGACAUUUUGUGUUUGUCAUUUGUGAAUUCGUAAUUGUACAGUCACUACCUGUAAAGAUCGAUGAUCCUUUUCCUAAAUAAACAAAUUUGUAGUUAUUUUUUCGCACUGUAUGUGUGAUUAUGGUGAAUAGGAACAGUGCAGGGCAAGUUAUGGUAGUAAUUAGGAAUUUAUAAAUCUCAAAUAUAAGUCUGUAACGACCUUUAAAUAGGUGCUACCAUUGCCGUGUAGUACAUUUUUUCCAUUUAGCGGAAUGAGAGUCCGCGAAUUAUCUUACGAGAGAUUAGGAGCAUCCGAUGGUCUUGCAUUUUUGAUGCAUCUGUGAUUAGGAAUGUUAUUUGUGAAACAUUUCCUAUUUAAAAAUGCAGCAUUUAUGUUUAACAGUGUAGCGAUUAAUGUUUAACAAUGCAGCGAUUAAUGUUAUUUCAUACGCUAUAUUUUUUUAUGUGAUGAUUUUUCACUUUCAGUUUGAAGUAAACCAUAAUUAAAUAUUUCUAGAUAUAUUAUCUCUAUAGAUUAUUGUUAUAUAGAGCUUGUCAUGCAUGCCACUUUUUUUUUUUUUUUUUGGAGUAAUUAAAGACUCACUUUCUUCUUUAUUGAGCUUAAAUAUAACAUUAUCUUAAUGCUUAAAAUAAUGUACAGUACCUGUUGUAAUUAGAAGAGGAAUAUACCAAUGAAUUGUGUGAUUUAUUUAUUUUAAGUUUUAAACAUAAUCUUAAUGUAUGUAUUUAUAUAUUUCAGUAUCUUAUUAUUUUUAUAGAAUGAUUUUCAUUCCUUAUUAAAUUCAUCCCUAUUCCAAUUACGAUAAAGGAGAUUUAUUGUGAUAUACAUAUGUAAUGAUUAAUUACAUCAUGUGAUACAAAAUGAAAUAUGAAUAUACUAAUAAUUAAUAAAAGCACUGCUUAUCCAUUUUAAA